AUGGUCAAGAGAUUCAAACCACAGUACGAUUCCGAGUCGGAAGACGAGAUUGGCGAUGUUAUUCAAAACAGAAGAAACGACGAAAGCGACGACGACUUUUCAUCACUCUCGUUUGGAGCCCUCAGUUCAGCUCAAAAAAAGCUAAGGCAGCAGCAACAAGAGGAAGAUGAAGAUGAUGACAGCGAGGCCCUGUCGAGUGACUCUGACAGUGAAGAAGAAACAUCCCAAAAAGGAAAGAAAAAGCACCAGCACAAGAAGAAAAACAAGCAUGCUCCUUCAGAAAGCUCCUCCAAGAAGCCAGUAAGCAGAAUCAGAGAGAUCCCUGGACUCAAGCUGAAAAAAGACACCACAUUGUACACGGACGUUCGUUUUGAUGCUGCCUACGGCAAGGCCAACUGGGACAGGGUCAGAAACGACUAUGCCUUCUUGGAUGAGUAUAGAAGAAACGAGAUCAAGCAGAUGCAGAGCAUCCUCAACGACAAGAAAGAACGCUCCAAGCUCUCCCAGCGAGAGGUGGAGGACCUCAAGUUCAAGAUCCAGUCGCUCCAGUCCAGGCUAGAUACAUUGAAGAAUAGAGACCUCGGCAACAAGAUCAUCAAGGACCACAAGAAGGACCAAAUGGCCAAGAUGCGCAAGGGUGAGCAGGUGAAUCCGUAUUUUUUGAAGAAAUCCGAGCAGCGUAAGAUGCUCCAGAAGGCCAAGUUUGACAAUUUGAAGGCGUCGCAGCGGGAGAAGGUCAUGGAGAGAAAGAGAAAGAGACGGUUGGGAAAGGAGUUCAAGGCCAUGGAGUUCCGUUGA